AUGUCGAAAUUCAAUAAAGAUGGUGCAAAUGGCUCUGUCAUUGAUGAUCUACCGCACGCGUUAUUGCCUUUCCUACAAUCUCAGUCGCAGAACACGCUAACGCGUUUGUACCAACGCCCCUCGGCUUGUUUGUCGAUAUUUCGUCUUCUACCGCCCUUGGAUAGGCAGAUUGUUAUGAAUCUGCUAUGGCUGGAGUCACCAGUCCCAGCGGUCACUAUGUCGGCCUGGGUAACUCGCGAAGGAAAAAAGAUAUACGACGCAACACUGCUGAACCUUUCACGACUUCACAUCUUGCCGAACCCUUCGGUGAGACUUUCCUUGAACGGCACUUUCAAAACGAGCCUACGACAAGCUAUAACAGGAGGCGGCACCAUUGGAAGCUUUGGGACCGCAGCACCGAAAGACGACAAGCAUCAGCCUGCUACCGUCGAGACACUGGACGCAUAUGCUGUCGAGCGAUGGGAGACCAUACUCCACUAUAUGGUCUCUUCCGGGACAGGUCAAUUACCAACGAAACCCUCCCCAGGAGUGUUAUUCUUACUACAGCGUAGCGGCCUCAUGUCUACGGUUCAUGGGUCCGCUCUCCAGAUUACAUCUGCAGGGUUCCAGUUCCUCCUCCAUUCACCGCAUGAUCAGCUCUGGCAACUAUUACUUCAAUAUCUCUAUAUGGCGGAGGAGAGGGAGAUGGAUCUAGUUGAGAUCCUUAGCUUCUUAUUUAUGCUCUCCACGAUGGAACUCGGAAGGGAAUAUUCCGUCGAGAGUUUAAGUGGCACCCAGAAGGCCAUGCUGGAAGAUCUUCGGGACUACGGGCUGAUCUGGCAAAGACGGGCUUCGUCCCGCCGGUUCAGCCCAACUCGUCUAGCUACAACGCUGACAUCAUCGUUACCUCCCUUGCCGACUUCCACAAGCUCCGGCGCUGGCACACAGGAUCAGGGCUUCGUAAUACUCGAGACUAAUUAUCGACUCUAUGCGUACACCGAUAAUCCACUACAAACUGCCGUAUUGAAUCUAUUCGUCACCUUGAAGUAUCGUUUCCCGAAUCUGGUGGUUGGAUCUAUAACCCGUGAUAGCGUACGGAAGGCGCUGGCAAACGGGAUUACUGCAGAUCAGAUCAUCAGUUAUCUGAGCACCCACGCGCACCCACAGAUGCGUAAAAAUAAACCUCUAAUCCCAGUCACCGUGCAAGACCAGAUUCGUCUGUGGGAGUUGGAAAGGAACAGACUCAAAUCGGAAGAAGGUUACCUGUACACCGCUUUCGCUUCCCAGGCGGACUACGAGUACGUCCUCAAUUAUGCCAAAGAACUCAACGUCGUGGUCUGGGAAAGUCCUGCCAAGCGAUGCUUCUUCGGGACAUUGGAGGGGCACAGCAAUAUCCGAGGCUUUAUCGAGCGACGGACCGGUGGACAAGCUUAGUCUAUACUCCGCAAUCACGGGAAAUAUGUAUCGAUACAAUUCGUCUAAGCAUUCAAUGCGAUGUACAUGC